UCUCUCACAUUCUCUCGUUUUCCCUACAAGGCUCAACACAAACUGCAGGAUGUCUAUAGUGAAGAUUGUAGCCAGGGAGAUCCUGGACUCCAGGGGAAACCCCACAGUGGAGGUGGACCUGCACACGGAGAAAGGACUUUUCAGGGCUGCGGUUCCAAGCGGAGCCUCCACAGGCAUCUAUGAGGCCUUGGAGCUGAGAGAUGGAGACAAGAGUCGCUACAAAGGCAAAGGCGUGCUCAAGGCCGUGGCUCACAUCAACGACACCAUCAGACCCGCCCUCAUCCAGUCUGAGAUCAGCGUUCUUGAGCAGGAGAAACUGGACAAUAUGAUGAUUGAAAUGGAUGGAACAGAAAAUAAGUCUCAGUUUGGUGCAAAUGCCAUCCUGGGUGUUUCCUUGGCAAUAUGCAAGGCUGGCGCAGCAGAGAAAGGCGUCCCCUUGUACCGCCAUAUCGCUGACCUUGCAGGAAACACAGAGCUGGUUCUGCCUGUUCCUGCCUUCAAUGUGAUCAAUGGCGGGUCCCAUGCUGGGAACAAGCUGGCCAUGCAGGAGUUCAUGGUACUCCCAGUGGGGGCGGAGUCUUUCCGGGAAGCUCUACGCGUGGGGGCGGAGCUCUACCAGACGCUGAGGGGGGUGAUCCGGGAAAAGUACGGCCAGGACGCCACCAACGUGGGCGACGAGGGCGGGUUUGCUCCAAAUAUCGUGGAGAACAGCGAGGCUCUGGAGCUGCUGAAAACAGCCAUAGAGAAAGCAGGUUUCACAGACAAGGUGGUGAUCGGGAUGGAUGUCGCAGCGUCAGAAUUUUAUCGCGACGGGAAAUACGACCUGGACUUCAAAUCCCCUCCCAACCCGGACAGACACAUCACUGCCGAGGAGCUGUCAGAGAUAUACCAGGGAUUUGUCAAUGAUUAUCCAGUGGUAUCCAUAGAGGACCCGUUUGACCAGGAUGACUGGCCAGCAUGGUCACAGCUAACAGCCUCGGUCGGGAUCCAAAUCGUGGGCGACGAUCUGACGGUGACCAACCCCCGCCGGAUAGAGAAGGCCGUGGAGGAAAGGGCCUGCAACUGCCUGCUCCUCAAAGUCAACCAGAUCGGCUCCGUCACCGAGGCUAUACAGGCGUGCAAGCUAGCCCAGGAGAAUGGCUGGGGAGUAAUGGUUAGUCACCGUUCGGGAGAGACUGAAGACACUUUCAUUGCUGACCUUGUGGUGGGGCUUUGCACUGGACAGAUCAAGACUGGAGCUCCGUGUAGAUCAGAGCGCCUGGCCAAAUACAACCAACUGAUGAGGAUUGAAGAGGAGUUGGGUGAUCAAGCACGUUUUGCUGGGCACAACUUCCGAAAUCCGAGUGCUCUGUGAGACUGGCACCCAGACGUAGAGACAGACACAUGAAAUCACUUGAAUUUACUAACAGAUUACAGGCAAGAGCAGACUGAGAACCCUCAGAAGCACAGAUAAAAAAAAAAA